AUGUCGCUUGAUGACAGCGACAUUGAUCUAAAGCUGAUUUAUAACGAUUUAAAGGUUUCCAUGGAUUUUUCAAAAGAUCAUAUCUUAAAUUAUUCGAAAUGCUUGAGAUUUCUGCAGUUGCAUAUUGUCCAAUAUCUAAAGAAACAUGCAACGAGGUCCAAUGCGGAUCGUUCUUCAACAGAACAAAACAGGAUAGAUCCUGGGGGCUAUAUAAUAAGGAAGAACUGCAAUACUAUUCCGAUAAGUAUUCGGGCUGCUGCCAGGCGGGAUCCGGCAACGGGAAUGUUUAAGAAACCUGUUGAGCUGCUGCAGAGUGAUCUAGUAUGUUCAUGUCUGGAUAUGAGGUCGUAUAGAUAUGUUGGGGAUUUUAAUAAAAGGGUUUUGAAGAUAAGAACUGCAAUUUUGAAGAUGAUUCAAACGGAAAUAGGAAGCCAAUGA